CUUCCAGGACUAGGCUGCAUCAAGUGUUGAGAGUUUUUGCAACAUUUUGGAAAACUUGGUGGUUACCAUCUUUAAGGUUAAUCACUUUGGGAGGGGUUUUGGCAGCUCCCAUGUUGCUCAUGCAUCAGGCAGUGUUGGAGAUAAGAUGAACAGAGGAGGGACUGUCCAUGUGGUUAGCGAAAAGAGUGUACUUGUUCAAACAGGAGUCGCCGAUCCGGAAGCAAUACCUCAAAAUACGAAGUCAGCUUCUGCAGCAGCGAUACGGUGUGUCAUGUGAUCAGAGCAGCAUCCACAGUCGCAGCAUCAGCGUGAGAAGCAGCAGCAGGAUUAGUGAAUCACCAGAGAUCUCCCGAUUUCCUUCAGAAAAUAAUUUUGUGAGUGAACAUGGAGCACUUGUGCCAACAAAACAAGCUGAGGCUUCACGUGCAAUUGUGGGUGGCACAACAAUAGCAGAAAAUUAUGCAUUUGUUGGUGUGCAUCACAUAUUUGAUCAACACUCAGCUGGUGUUACGAUGUUGAAGUUUGCUAACAAUGAUCGUUCUCGUCUCUGCUGUGCUUCAUUUGAUGGUACGGUGUCCAUCUGUAAUGUGACAGCAAAUCCUCCGCAUGUGGAGGUUGUUUUCAAAGGACACAAGAAAGGUGUCACUGGUUGCGACUGGUCUGUGUCGAACGACUUGGUGGUAAGCUGCUCUCAGGACUCAACGCUGUGUCUUUGGGAUGUCACAAGUAAGAAGUGUUUACGUGUUGUCAAGGAUCAGAUGGGUGCAGAAAUGCUGUCUUGCCUAUUUCAACCUGGCAAUAACAACAUGGUGAUCGCAGGAAACUCGAGAGGAAUGGUUCAGGUGCUGAAUGUGUCAACGGGCAUCUACCCUCGAGGUGGUAGCAGCAAGUUGGAGGGUAUGGUCCUUGCACUUGCAUGCGAUGCCAGCGGUCAGUUGCUCUGGGCAGGGAACAACAAGGGUACAAUCGUAUCAUUCCUGUUUGAUUUGGAGACGGGAAGGCUAAGCAAAUUGCGCCGGUUGACCGUAGCUGAGAACUGUCCCAUUACCUGCAUCUCAUGGCGAGCAUGGAUCAGCCGGGAGGCGAGAGACCCAACCCUCUUAGUCAACUGUGCUGCUAAUGUUGUGUGUCUGUUCAGGGUCAUGGAUAAGGAGGGAAGUCUUCAGUUAAAGCGAAAUUUUCCAAUUCAUCAUAAAAGCUACCUUGUUCGUUCAACAUUUUGCCCGAUCAUGUCCUUCCGGCAAGGAGCCUGUGUGGUUACAGGAAGUGAGGACUCAUGUGUGUACUUCUUGGACAUAGAGCGUCAGGAGAAGCCAUGCCUCAACAAGCUUCAGGGGCACGCCUGCCCAGUGCUUGGUGUAAGCUUCAACUAUGAUGAAUCACUUCUCGCUACUGGUGAUUAUCAAGGUCUUGUAAUCAUCUGGAAGAGGGAGAAGUCUGCUACCGUCUCAGCACAACAAAACACAUAAUUGCAGUGAUGUUAUAUAUUUUAAACUAAUGGCUGGCAAAAGGAUGAAUGUUGGUAUGAAAGGUGUUGACAUUGAAAUAUAAGGAUAUUUAAAGUACUUUUUAUAUGUUACUUGAGCAAUGUGCAUAAAGUUAAUGAGUUAAUUAAUUAUCUCUGUGACCCAAGCAUCUCAUCAGGGCCAUGCAGUAGGGGCAUGUGAACGGGUGGCUUUGAGAGGUGAAGAACUGUUCUUAUGCCCUUGCCAGAGGCUGAGUCUAAGAUAUGCUAUCUGCAAACAUUCAUAUUACUCACCAUUUUAAUUUUUCAGUUCUGUGGUAAAUGAAGAGUACUUUACGACACUGUCAGUAUUGAGACCCUGUGGCAUCUGUACUUCUGACAGGAAAAUGUAUUUUCCCAACACUGUGGCGAUAUUACCUUCCAAAUGAAUAGUGCACACUUCUGCAGGUGUUUCAGUUCACUCAGUUACAGUAAACAUACAGAAUUCUGUAUACAGAUUUACCUUCACUUCCUUACCAUCCUUGAUGUUGCCACCGUACCGUGUGUGUAACCAUUCUUUCUUGUGUGGUUCAUAUUAUGUGACACUUUCAGUGUGACUAUACAGCACUGGAUGGCAGGAUAAUGAACUGGAAACAGGAAGUUGUCACAGCAUAACUGAUGGAUGUACUAUCUCGGAACCUGCCUGAAGGGACUGAAGAGAACCAUAGAAACCUGUAAGGAUAGCAAGUGUGUCUGCUGAGAUUCAAACCAAGCACUUCUGAGAUGCAAGUCUACGAGUUCUGCCACUAAACCAGUCUGUUGAAUGGAAGAAGAGCAUGAUAAACCUUUGAAUAGUUGAGCCUGGCAUUUUAUCAGUAUUUUGUAGUGGUUACUCUGAACUAGUUUCUAUCAAACAUCCAAAAACUAUUAUCUGAUUGUCAGUUGUAUCCUCCAGAGUUUACAAACCGUCCUCCAUUCCUGACAUAUUUGACAUUCCACGUGUUAUCUUAUUAAGUAAAAUAAAAUAGUUUGUUAAUUUCCA